AGAAUCAUAGUUAUAUUAGUCAUACUUUUGAGUAAACAAAUUUCAGAACUAAAAAAGAAAUGGCAAGUAUUGUUUCAAUAAGGUGCCAAGUUGCAAUGGUGCUACUAUUGGUUGUGGCAUUAGGAACCCAAAUGGGUGAGGCACAAAAUACAUGUCCAACUCAACUAACCAAUCUGAAUGUUUGUGCACCAUUUGUGUUACCUGGUGCACCCAACACUGGACCAAGUGCUGAAUGUUGUGCUGCACUUCAAGGAACCAACCGUGAUUGUCUUUGCAACACUCUUAGAAUCGCUUCUCAACUUACUUCUCAGUGCCAACUCCCAUCUUUUGGUUGCGUUCUGAAUUAGAAGAGCUAGCAUGGUGAUGUGAUCAUUGGCGAAGAAUAAAAGGUUGAAAGAAGAAACACCCAUCUUGUUUUGUGACUCUGUUUUGAAUGUUUUGUGAUAUUGUUAUCACAAAAUAAUAUAUGUGAUCAGUGUUAUUAUGAAAUAAAAAAAGUUAUGUAGACA